GGCCGGGGUGUCCGGUUCCCGGGCGAGGUGCGCUCGCUCGCGGGCGUAGGGGCCGCGGGGCCGGCGGUGCUCGCUCGUGAUGCUGCGGCGGAAGCCGACGCGCCUGGAGCUGAAGCUGGACGACAUCGAGGAGUUCGAGAGCAUUAGGAAGGACCUCGAGAGCCGCAAGAAGCAGCGUGAAGAUGUGGAUGUAGUAGGAGCGAAUGAUGAAGGAGCUAUUGGACUGAGCAACGACCACAAGAGCAGAGAACAAAUGAUAAAUGACCGAAUUGGUUACAAACCUCAGCCCAAACCCAACAACCGUUCCUCCCAGUUUGGAAGUUUUGAGUUCUAGAGAUGAGAGUUCCAGACAGUUCAGUAUUGGACACUGAUGGGACAAUCACCCCAAGACAGUGCGAGCAGAGAUGUUGCUGGUGGGAAGCUCUAGCAAUGGCUGGGACUGGCCUCUGCAUGCCAGUGAGUCUCAUGCUUCUAUAGGGGAAGGUAUUACUUUUUCCAACAGGUUUUGGACAUAUUUUUAAUCUGACUUGUUACCCUCCCUCCAGCAACCCCCUGGCUAGCUGUUUUGUUUUAAAUAAAUAUUUUUUUUUUU